AUCUCAUCCAUCUCCGCCCUAUAAAAUUCCCGCUUUAUACUAUACAGUAUACGACCUGCACCACAGCCCACCACCUCCCCCACACGCCCCCAUUCCACACCCUCGUCUUUCUGACAGGCUCCUGAGUUGUUGCAUCAUGGCUAGAGGAUCUGCCCCAGGAACCGAAACUAUAACUUCCCCCCACUCGCCAAUCCAUCUGUUGACUGUCCUCAACUCUCCACGCACCUCCUCAAGAUCAAUGCCUUCCACCUCUCGAGCACAGAACAAGUCUUCAUCACUCACUUCCGGUCGAAAGACUUCAUCCACAAUGCGCCGGACUAGUGCUCAAGCGGAGAUCCCUCUCCCCAUCACCUACACGCCGACCACUCAUCGCAUCAGCAAAGCGAAGAAGGGCAAACGAGUGCAUGCCUGCGAGUACCCAGGCUGCAACAAGGUCUUCACCAGAGCGGAACAUAGACGGCGACAUGAACUCAACCAUAAUCCCGAAGCUUUGUUCCGUUGCACCCACGUUGGUUGCAAAAAGGCAUUUCACCGUCCUGACUUACUAGCGCGCCAUGUAGAAAGACAUGAACUGGAGAACCAGAUGAACAAUGCACAAUGGGGGCGGCAGAGCCACCUUCCAAUGGUAUCCGAGUCUCCUUAUUUGCCCAAGGGCGCGCCUGUUGAUCCCAAUGCGGGACAUUUUUUGGCUGCUACGCAUCCAGCGACAUCUAUGUCAAUUGGAUCCAUUGUAGCACCACAUAUCCACCCGGACCUAGCUAACGAUACUGGCCUGAUGUGGAUGGGUAUGGAUAUGUCAUCAGGGCAUCAAACACCCAUCUACCCCCACCAGAUUCAUGAAUCUGUGGAGGACAAUCAGUUCUACUCGAGCCCAGAGAAUUGUCCUUCCCCUUCUUCGGACGGUGCUACAUUAUCCAUCCCGUCCCAUCCUCGGUCAUCCGUCGCUUCCACUCCAACAGCGAUUGCCGAACCAUACCCCGAAAACAUUGUGGAUGCUGAUUUAACUUCCUCGCCGAUGCCUGUCCACGAGAGUUUGCGGUGCUGGGAUCAAUCAGAAGGGCCAUUGGCUACGCCGAGCUAUGCACCGGUCUCACUCAACGAGAGCCUCGCCCAAUCUGUAAGCCAAUCUCAGCCCGUGACCGGCAAUAUGACACUGACUGGCGAGCAGCCUUUCCACUGCCAGUACCCGUCACCAACCUGGUCAGCAACACAUCACUUUGGCUACGACGAUCACCCCCUUCCGACUGGGACUCAAUUUCCUCCCCCGAUGCCCUGGAAGUCCUUUACGAUCUGAAAGUCAUCCCUAGCCAGCUACAGGGCUUAUGGUGACCACAAAAUAAUCACAUACGCACUACUGAGACAUAUCGACACAAAACCGGCCAAUUUUGUGACUAGGCUGAUACGACGUUACGUGCUAUGGUACCACUUGUUGAGCCUACCCUACCGCCAAUAAGCGAGUAAAAUCGGGGAACAAGACGUGCUCGACGAAAGGGAAUUUUGGUUUACCACCGUAAUGAGGCACUCUAGGCCAAGACUGGAUCUUAUCGACCUGCUGUUGUACCACAGAAAACAGCCUAGACCCUGAGACGACCAAGGUUACACUAGCCGU